AUUGUUUAGGAUUUCCCUAAAGCCAUAGUAGUUCUGUCUACCAACAUUACGUGAAGAUUGUGUCUAUGUAGUGCUGUAUAUAGUAGAUCUACCUGUCUUCGGUCUACAUCGGGAUACAUACGUACAGCUGGCUGCACUGUGUUUGUUUGUAGCACUUAGGAAGUUACGCAUAGCUGACAUUUAUAAUUUAUCUUUCAUGAAACACACCUAACACCGACGACAGAUUGAUCCAAGAUAAAGAACCUCUAACUGUAAGAACCUACACAUCCUCAAGGCUUUGAUAUGGGUCAUAGUACCAGUACACUACGUCCUAAAGAGUUAAAAGAUUUACAAAUCAACACGCACUUCUCCGAGAAGGAGCUGCAUGACUGGUACAAAAACUUUCGUCAGGACUAUCCUAGCGGCUUCCUCACCCUCGACAACUUCAUUAGCAUAUACUCUAAGUGUUUCCCUGAAGGAGAUGCUGAGACAUUUGCUACACAAGCCUUCCGGACAUUUGAUACGAAUGGUGAUGGUGUCGUCAACUUUCGAGAGUUCAUGUGUGCAUUGAGUGUAAAAAGUCGAGGACACAGUGACCAGAAGUUGAGAUGGGCAUUCCAAAUGUAUGACGUGGACAAUAACGGCUAUGUCUCCAGAGACGAGAUGACAGAAAUCAUACAGGCUAUGUUUAAGAUGGUGGGAAAUGGUGAUGAGUCGACAGCAGAAGAGCGGACAGACAAGAUCUUCAGUAUGAUGGACAAAAAUGCUGACGGACAGCUGUCACUGAAAGAAUUCAUAGAGGGAGCUAGGAGUGACCCCACUAUAGUACAGAUGAUAGCAUGAUCGAGUAACCAUGGUUAUACGUAUACACUACCAGUACAAAUCUGAUUGGGUAUCCAUGGGUCAUGUGACCAGUCAGUGGUAAUCCUAGCAAAGUCUAUAGCUAUGGUAGAUUAUAUUAUAACUAUAACAAGAAGUCUGUAAAGACAAGUAGAUUUAGUAAAGGUUUAGAAUCCUAGUGAUAUUUCAGAUUUACAUUAUUUAUGUCUCUCUGUAUAUGUAGUGUAACAUUUAAUUAAUACUGUCUCUAAUAACUUCACAAUCAGUAGGUAUCACUGUAGUAUAUUUCAGUGGAAUAUACUAUGUAUGUACCAUUACAUGGUAUUAGUACAAUCACGAGAUGAUAUAAUUAAAACUUUUGAUUAUAUAAAAAGCAACUGCUUAAAUUGAUUCCCCAGUGUUUCCUUGACUAUACUUCGCUGUGUUAAUCUGGGAACGAAAGCACUCCUUCUGAACUAAAACACUCCUCUUGAACUAGAACACUCCUCCUGAACUAAAACACUCCUCCUGAACUAAAACACACCGACACUCAGUUGUUUUCACAGAGCCAUUGAAGAGUGGGAGGAGCCUGUUACCAAAGUCACCGUGAAUUGAUAAGUGACAGAGGGGUGGGGGAUAUCUAUCUGGCCUGUAUUGGUAUGAUAAAACAGAUAAAGUAUGAGAUUGAGGGAUAUAGAAAGUUUUGUUAUUUUCAUCGACCAGACCUAUUUUCCAAGGCUAUCAAUGCAAGACAAAGAUAUAUAUAGUGAUUUAACCAAAAGUCUCAUGUGUACAGAUCAUAAACACUGUGUAACUCAGGUCAUCAUGGGAAGGCCUGAGGUUACGAUAAUUAUCAUCGACAUCAAAUUACAUCCAUACCAAGGAUUCACACUCAGGUACAAUAUUAACAUGACAGAGAGCUAUAUGUAAAUCUUAGUUUUCCCAUUGUCAUUUGUAAGCAGUGUUCUGAUUGGUCAAAUCAGAAAAAGUGAUAUUUUUAACUAGUGAAAUAUAUCACUUUUAUAGAAUGAAUCAUUUUCAACAUUUCACUGCUAAAAAUGUAAUAACAAAUUUCAUAUUCAUUCUAAUUUACAAUAUUGAAAAGUUUACUGACAAUAGCAGCUAGACUAGUAAACAUGAUGAUUUUCAUUUAAUAUUGUUGUGUAGCUCAAAAUCAAUGUCCAUGUUAAUCUGUGAUCAAGAUGUUUACAUAACUUUAUUAUACAUAACAGAGUAAUUUAUAGGACUUCUGUCAUUAAUGAAUAUUAUACAUAACAGAGUAUUUUGUGAGACAUUUGUCAUUAAUUCUUCAUUAUACAUAACCGAGUAUUUUGUAGGACAUUUGUCAUUAAUUCUUCAUUAUAUCGAGUAUUUUGUAGGACAUUUGUCAUUAAUUCUUCAUUAUAUCGAGUAUUUUGUAGGACAUUUGUCAUUAAUUCUUCAUUAUAUUGAGUAUUUUGUAGGACAUUUGUCAUUAAUUCUUCAUUAUAUUGAGU